UUCGACUAAUGAAGAAGUCAUCACAGCUACAGCUAGAUACCAGCAAUUGCCUGUUUCAGUAGCUCUGGUCAGAAUCAGUUGAAGUCUUCUGCUCGCGUUAGCACGCUGUUUAUCAUGAGGAUAUGCUCUCUAGUCCCAGUGAAGUACCUACUCUCCUUGAUCGAUCAAGAAGUCAAAGCUUAUAUCUUUCCCUAUAAAUAGCCACCUGCUCCAAUCACCCAAAAUCAUCCCUCAAGGCCUGAACACUGAUCCAAUCCAAGAAAAGAGAGAAAAAAUGCAUCUGGUUCAAGCUUUAGUGCUCCUCGCACUUGCCCUUGCCUGCUGUCGUGUUUCAGCAUUUCGGCCCUACAAAUCCCUAGUUGCACCCAUCACCAAAGACACCACCACUUCUCUCUACUCCACCACCUUCAACUUCCACGAGAACUAUGUCGUCGAUCUCGGCGCUCCGUUUUCUUGGUCCACUUGCCCGUAUAAGCACCCUCUCGUGACUUGCAGGUCUGCGCCAUGCGAGUCGGCGAGGUCCUACCUCUCCCCGCUUUGUCCUCCAUCCAGCAGCUCCACCAACAACCUUUGCCAAAAUUGCAUCACGACUCCCGUCAACCCACUUACCAAAACUUGCGCUCUCUCUGACCUCACACACAAGAACAUCGCCCUUUACGUAACAAAUGGCGGACACCCGACUAGUUCUAUAACUUUAAAUGACAUAUACAUGUCUUGUGCUCCUGGGUACCUUUUGAAGUCUCUUCCUUCGGGCGCUACCGGUUUGGCUUCCCUUUCGUGGGCUCCUCUCGCUCUUUCUACACAACUAGCCCCUCCUUAUCUGGGAAUAACCAAGAGAUUCGCAAUGUGUCUUCCUAGUGUUCCUAAUGUUAAGGGCACGCUUUUCUUUGGAAACGGCCCAUAUUUCUUUAGGAGCCCUGCCUUGGUUGAUGUAUCCAGAUUUCUUUCCUACACCCCAUUGAUAAAGAACCCUAAAUCAUCUGACUACUACAUCGGCCUCGACAGCAUAUCAAUUGCUGGGAAGGCGGUCCGUAUCCCGAGAAACGCAUUUUCCAUUGAUUCUGUUGGCCGAGGUGGCACGGUGCUGAGCACUGUGAUUCCUUACACUAUCCUCAGGAGUGAUAUAUAUAACGUCUUCGUCGAGGAGUUCAAGAUAGCCACCAAGGGCAUUCCUCAAGCGAAAAGGGUGAAGCCCUUCGAGUACUGUCUCAAGUCAAGCGCGAUUGCGUCGACUCGGGUAGGUUUACAGGUUCCCCAGAUUAGUCUGCAAGUGGCGAGUGGGAAGACCUGGACAAUCUACGGAGCAAACUCGAUGAAGCAAGUGAGCAAGGAUGUGGCCUGCCUGGCCUUCGUGGACGGAGGAAAGGCAGCCAAGCAUGCAGUGGCGAUCGGGUCUUACCAAAUGGAGGACAACUUCCUCGUGUUCGAUCUGGCUCAAUCAACAUUCGGGUUCAGUUCCUCGCUGCUGGGCUACACCACUACUUGCGCCAACUUCGACUUCACAGUUAAACCUUGAUGAGAUCUGUUUAAGUUGGUGUGGCCCUCAAAGGAACAAGUACCUUUGUGUGCAAUAAUGCCGUGUGCUUGUGUGUUUGUUAUUUCUGGUUGUGUGAAAGAAUAAGAAAUAAUAAUGUAGCCCCUAACCAAAAAUAGUAAGUAGCUAACUUUGGUUUUUGGGCAAAUUAGGCAUCUUCUUGUCUA